CAUGCUGGCUGGACGGCAUUGCACGAGGCUUGUAACCGCGGCUAUGUGCAAUGUGUCAAGAAAAUAUUACAGUAUCAUGGUAGGUUUUGUGACAUGUACAUCUUUGUUGUGGUACUUGUGUAUUGGUGGGCUUAAGAAAUAUGAGAUGUAGUUUAGUUUUCUUGCUCUCUGUGUGUCUCAACAUUUCUGAAAUUGACCACCAUUUAUUUAUUUGACUUUGCCAACUAGGGCAGGGUCACCACAACACCAUAUGCCAAUCCUAACCCACCCUGUCGGCUUCCCCUGUGGGAGGAACCUGGAGCACCCGGAGAAAACCCACGGCAUUCGGCAGAGCGUUGACUUUUACUCUUUUCACACGAGGACUGGGUUCAAGUCACAUUGAGAAAGUUCUCGCUGGGAUUUGAAUAUGCGACCUCUGAGGUGAAAGGCAAGUGCGCUAGCCACUUCGCCACCGAAGGCCCAAUGCUUAAGAUACAUUUUCAAUACGUUGUUACAUGGUGUUAUAUAUAUAUCUACAGAGAAAACGAACAAAGUCAACUUACUGGCAUGUCCUGACGAUGGUGUGACAGUUCUUCACGAUGCUGUGUUCAAUAAUCAUCUAGCCGUGGUCAAACUGCUUACUCAAGCUGGAGGUUAGCACAGUCUGGGUUUUCUUUACCUUGCCAUUUGAAUCGAAUCUGAAAUGUUUUAUCAAAGAUUAUAAAGACGAUGAUAUAUAUGGUGGCUGUUUUCCAUAAAGGACAACUCCUUAUCGAUCCAGGACCUAACCUUAUUUAUAUUGGAUAUAGUUUUAUCAAUUCUAAACUGUUCUUUCUAGAGGUCCAGUAAGGAUCAUCUUUCCUUGAUCCAGUGUUACUACAGGAGGAAACCUAAACUAACUUUAUUUAUACUGGAUAGCUCUAUCAGUUCUAAACUGUUCUCCCUAUCUAGAGGUCCAGUAAGGAACUAAGGAUCAUCUUUCCUUGAUCCAAUGUUACUACAGGUGGAAAUCUAUAAACUAAACUACGAUGUAAUCGGAGGAAACGUGUGGUGUUUGGUAAAGUCAAACUGGAAGCAUUCUUCUCACAUGUGACUGAGGUGAAAUUAUAACCAGACAACUGCAUAUUUCAGGAAUCUAACCCUGCAGUGACAGAGAUGAAAGACAUUUAAUCACACUGUAGUACCACCAACCCCUAUUCAUGAGGUGAUAAAUAAAAUUGAAACUGAAAAAAAUUGUUGUUUUCUUACCUCACAUAUUCAGACUUAGAUCUUCUGCAAGCAAAAACAGCGUUGGGAAAGACAGCUGGACAACUUGCCAAAACCAAUGUAAUGUCGCAAUUUAUCAACUCGGAAUUGAAACAGCUGCAAACCGCUCACGACCAAGAAAAUACUCUGCGGCCUUCACAACAGGCGUACGACAAGUUAUUAUCAAGAAACAGGCGAAAAUAUUAUAUCCCAAUGCAGGAGUGCGAACAAUAUCUAUUCUACAUAUCGCUGUUGGUUCAAGUUUAUAUCAGAGAACAUACGCUCAUUUGGAAUAAUGCCUUCAUCUCAAAUGGGAAGAAAUUGUGCACGAACUGUAUCGUCGAUGCUGGAUGUGUAGAAAAAUUUUCUCAACAUUUGGCGAACUUAGAACGACAUGUCAAGUUAAUGUCAGGAAAGCAAAAUUUAUCGCAGUUAUGUCAGCUUUAUAUUACUUCAAUGAAGUUAUGCAUUUCAUUUUCAUAUGUGAUUCAAGAGGACGUCUUAUAGCUAUAGGGACGAACGUUUUUGAGAAUAUAGUGUGAAUCUUUUCGUGUAAUUGUGGAUUUCGGUAAGCGUUACAAAACAAUAUGGUGGCCGACUUCACAAGACAACUUCAAUAUAUUUUGUUUACCACCAAACACAAGAAUUAACAUUUUCUCAGCUGCACAGAAUAUAUUUGUUUCUUGCGUGUACUCAUGCGGUAUAUAAACUGUGGAUAUACUAACUAGUUCUGUUUUUGUUUUGUUAUAAAAUACUGCUAUCGUAUGGACAAGUUAAUAAAAUCAAUAUUGAUAAUAAAAUAUUUCAUCAAAUAAUAGAUUCAAAUAAAGAUGAACAUGUAUUACACUAAUUUGUCGCUUCUGACUCACAGCCCGCUAUUUUGAAUGGUAUUAGCUGGCUCCUUUUAGAAAUCGGUGACAGAACUUUAGCUUUAAAUAAGUGCCGACUAUAGUACGAGUGUGAUUUUCUACUAAACAGUAUAUAGGUAUCUCAUUACAACCCAGGCUUUUUAGCGCCAUUAACCCCAAAUCAACGAGCUCUCUAUAUAUAACUGGAGCGAGGACUUCAGUCAUUUGGCCUAUGAGAAAAAUUAAGUCAAGAUGGCGGCCAUUGACGUCGAAUAGCUCUGAAGGUCGUAAACAGUUUUUAUACCAUUUUCCCCCACUAAUGGACCAUUCCCCAAUUAACCAAAAUUUUGAACUCAACAAGUCUAGACAAAAAUUUCAUCACAGCUUGAAAGAACAUCACAAAAUUAGUAAUAUUCCAAAGUUUCGUUGCAAAAUGUUGUAAAAUGCGGAUAAUAUAGCCUUGCGAAGUUUACAAUUUUCAGUCAUUUUAGAUUACAAACGGGAAAUGGUUACCACUUCUGUGCGUAAUACAAAAUGACUGAAAAUUACAAACUUCGCAAGGCUAUAUUCGCAUUUUACAACAUUUUGCAACGAAACUUUGGAAUAUUACUAAUUUUGUGAUGCUCUUUCAAGCUGUGAUGAAAUUUUUGUUUAGGCUAGUUAAGAUCAAAAUUUUGGAAAAGUGGUAACCAUCUCUCAUUUGUAAUCUAAAAUGACUGAAAAUUGCAAAUUUCGCAUGGCUAUAUUAUCCGCAUUUUACAACAUUUCGCAACGAAACUUUGGAAUAUUACUAAUUUUGUGAUGCUCUUUCAAGCUGUGAUGAAAUUUUGUCUAGACUGUCUAGAUCAAAAUUUUGGUUAAUUGGGAAAUGGUCCAUUCUACUUGGCACAAACUAAAAAAUAGGCACACUACAGUGUUUUUAUAUAGAUCGGUGGCUAAGCUGAGUGAGCGCGGGGGGGGGGUGUGCUUGGGUUAGUCACUGAUCUAUAUAAAAACACUGUAGUGUGCUUAUUUUUAGUUAUUUGCGCCUGGGUACGAGGCUGCUCAUGCACCACCACCUUGGCUUCACUUUUAGGACCGGAGUUCUCACUCCAGAUAUAUAAUGGAGCUCACCGCCCAAAUAUUUAUGGUGAGCACUUAUGGGGAAGAUAACCUGCGAUCAGGCAUUCGGGCGGGGCAAGGUUUCCUCUAUUACCUUACUAUACACGACUAAGACGUCUGUUGUUGUCCUGGAGGCAUUGCUACUUUCCUUCUUCGACUUGAAUAAUAUUGCCAAUGUAGUAACUGCUGUUCAUCGAUGAACUUGGCACAGGGGACGUUCACCAGUUCACGUCGGAAAUGUUCGUAUUGGAGUAGAUCCAGGAAAAACAAACUUUGUGGGUAU